AUGGCCUCUCAAACCCGUACCAUCAUCCCCGACAGCGCCACCCGGCGCCAGCGUGAGGAGGAGCUGGUUGCGACAGGCGUUCUGACGGAGCUCCGCAUGGUGCUGAGUAGCGACUCUAAUCCCGACGGAUCCAACAAUCAGAUCGGCCGUCGGCUGGCGCUCAAGGCGGCUGUAUGCGUCAACGCUGCCAACGAGCAGUCAAGCGAGCAACCCUCUAUCAUCUUCAGUACAUCAAACGAGCGCCUGUCAGAGAGGCUUCGGACCGCAGUGGACCUAAAGGCGGAGGGUCUGGCCGAGGCUGGGGCGUCCCCUGGAGGGAGCGCUCGGGUCGUGGCCUUGGUUAGCUUCUACAACGGCAGUAUCAACAACACGCCUGACCAUGCCUAUGUUAGGCUCUCAGUACACGUCAUGGAUAGUGGCGCUGCGAGGGGCAAGUGGUUCGGUGUCUUGGUUGACGAUGUUGCCACCUUCAGCGCGAACGGAGAGAGUGGGGACCAUUACUACCACGAGAUCAUGAGGGGCGUUGGACAACUACAACUUGGAAAGGCUGAGGUCCGGCGGCCAGAGGGGGAGGUCAUGUCUAUCGAUCUGUUCUCGACCCCGGUAGUCAGGCUCAAGCACUUUGUUAUGCGCGACGCAGGCUUGAGCUUCGCCUUCGGCUUGGAAAAAAUCCUCAACCCCAGCACCAGCGCCGAGAAGACUCUCGAGGAAUACAUCUCUAUCUUCGCAGGGUACGCCGCUAACGCGCCGAUGGCUGCUACUCUCCCUGGGGGUGGCCCGUCCUACUUCGCACGCAACGUCCUCCGCCACCGCGGCGUCUGGGAUGUGGAUGAUGACGAGUUGAUCAGCAUGGGCGGCUGA